AUGCGAACAUACACUGAUACAAAGUUUGCUCGUGAGGCCUGCGAAGAAUCUGGGCAUUGGGAGACUGCCCUGGAAGUCUUCAACUUCAGCCCAUUCCCAUCCACCGUCAUCAGCAUCAACGCUGGAAUUGCAGCAGGUGGUCGAGGAAACCGCUGGCAGUUCGCAGCACAUUUGCUGGAAUCCUUGGUUGGGCCCAGCCACACAGAGCAAGCGACGGUGGUCAGUUUCAACUCAGCCUUGAGCGCCUGUGCAAGCUGCAAGCAAUGGCGAGAAGUUCUGGGCAUUGCCAAUAACUUUGCCAGGUGUGACUUGCGGCCGGAUGCUAUUUCCCUCAAUUCUGUUGCUGGUGCGCUUGAACGACAAGGGCAUUGGGCUGGUGCCUCAAGAUUUCUCUACGAAGCCCAGCAAUGCGGGGAACGGCUCCUGGGACCGGAGGCCACCACCGUCGGCGCUGCCGUUGACUCAUUUGAGAGGUUUGGUGGUCCUGUCGCCCGCGCGGCUGGACUCCUACGAGACAUUCAAAGGGAUGUGCCACGGAACUUGCAGCGAACAGCGGAAAUUGGCAGUCGAUGCGUAGAAAAAUGGCACCCUGUGGCCAUGAAGUGGUACCUGGGAUGUGCCAGCCUGCUGUGUGCAGCGUCCCGCAACCUCCCAGACAAGAAUGAGUUGGCCAAUGCGUGCUACUUCACCUACAAGGUUGGAUAUGUUAUUUGCGAUACCAGUUUGGGCCCUGAAGCUGCCCAGAGGGAGAUGGAGGCUGGGCGGUGCAAUCAGGAUUUCCGAUUGACUGGUUCGGACUUCCAACGACUGGUGCUGAAGCACUACGUGGAAGGAGGCCGUCCGCCCCUGGAAGAAGCGAUGUGGCUCCUAUCAUCGUCUGAGAACUUCCAGUCACGUACGCUUUCAGAAUGCCCACCCAUGCAAAUUCUGGCCAACGUCCUCUACGCAGAGGCUCUGCUGUUCCUGGAUGGCGCGUCCAGGACGGGGGAGUCGGCGCUGCUGAUGGCGCAAGCGCUGGAGCAAACGCGGCAGGUGCAGAUGGAGGUCCUGAACGCCUUGACUAAAACCUGGCCCUUGGAGCUGGCAUCGCAACGCUUUCAGGAAACCUUCCUGACACUGGACGCAGUGGCGAAAGCGACGCCCUCGUCCGAAAUUCACGUUGCCCUGUGCCGAUGUUCUGAGAGCUUGGAGUGGUUGGUUCCUUUUGUUGAAGAGAUGGAUCCACAGCAAGGCAUCGAGGCAGUCCUUUAUUUAUAUGAGACUUGUGGACGAGAAGAGGGCCUAAGGGAGUUCGAAGAUGCGCUAUUUGGCAAGGUGCAGUGGAAGGCACUUGAAGGCGUCCCAGGGCGACCAAAAUCAAACUCCGACUGUCAAGCGCAGACUGUGCUAAGCCACUUGCUGGGCUACGGUGAUGGCAGUCUGGCUGUGCCGAAGUUUUUGCUGUUUCUGCCUGCAGCUCCCCCAGAAGCGGAACAACAGUUCUACAGCUUGGUGUUCAAAAGCCUAGCCAGCAAAACGUUGUCCGUUGAUUUCAUGGCCUUGGGAUCCACAAGAUCUCCACCCAUCGCCUUGAAUGAAUGUCAGAAAAGCCUCAUCCAAGCACAAGUGCUGAAGAUUCACAAUUAUCCACUUGGAUAUGAGGGGCCUCGCUUUCUGAUCAGUUCUGCAAGGUUGCUGGAGUCACUGGAGCGGGUCCAAUCACUGAUCCAGGCUUUUGAACAGCCAUCGCCUAGUUGUGCCUCUCACUUGGAAACUGCAGUAGCGAACUGGUGGCACAUGGUGUUUGGAGAAGGAGAACAGCUGCCGAUAAGGGCAGAUGACGAUCGCUUGCCUGUGUUUGCACGCAUGGCCGACGGUCCAUCUGGAUUCUCGAGGACAAGGAUGCCCAAAUCCUCAGACUAUUUGAGUUGGGCUGCGAUUGGACUCGAUGGCUCGUGACUCUCAAUGAACAAUUUACCUGGAAUCUCAAAAAAUA